AAUAAUGUCCAUUAACAAAAUAAAUAGCAAGUUAGCGGUUAUCUAGUUUUUAUGGGUUUUAAACGAAGAAAAUUACAUGAGAUUUUACAUGUAGAUUUAAUGUCUUGUUGUGUAGCUUCUCAUCAACUGAAUUAUUUUCUGUAUAACAGUAUAUAUGCAUGCACGCACACACUUGCGCGAGCAUACAUAUAUACUCAACUCAAUAGAUUUAUAGUCUAAAGAAACAUCAUGAGGAGGGAAAAAGGAGAAACAUCACUCACUCGUUACAAAAUAUCUUCCUAUAUUUAUAGACUAAUUAAUAAGCUCGAUCCAAGAUUCUAUACUUCAAGAAUCAUAAUUAAAUCUUCUCUCUUUUUUAUGUGGAAACUUUCUUACUCUUUCAGACUGAAAAAGGAACUUUGUAAACAAAAAUAGAUGGACCAUCUUUCCCUCUGUCCCCUCGUAGUUCUCCUGCUGUGCUUAGUGAUACUAGCACUCAGUAAAAUAUUCAAAACCGUGAUCCAAGAUCAAGAGAAGUCAACGGCUGAUAUUCCUCCGGGAAGCCAUGGUUUUCCGGUGGUCGGAGAAACACUUCAGUUCAUGCUUUCCGUAAACAGCGGCAAAGGCUUCUAUGAGUUCGUUCGUAGUCGUCGUAUCAGGUACGGAAGUUGCUUUAGGACAAGUUUGUUUGGAGAGACGCACGUGUUCCUGUCGACGACUGAGUCAGCUCGGGCUGUUUUAAAUAACGAGUCAGGCAUGUUCACGAAACGGUAUAUAAAGUCCAUAGCUGCGCUUGUGGGUGACCGGAGCCUUCUUUGUGCUUCUCAACACCAUCACAAGAUUCUCCGUAGCCGUUUUAUCAACUUAUUCUCCAAAAAAUCGACGGCUCUGAUGGUUAGACACUUCGAUGAACUCGUCGUUGACGCGCUUAGUGGAUGGGAGCACCGUGGUACAGUGGUCUUGCUCACAGAUUUGCUCCAGAUAACAUUCAAAGCAAUGUGUAAGAUGUUAAUAAGUCUAGAAAACGAAGAAGAAUUGGGUUCAUUGCAAAGAGAUGUUGGCUUUGUUUGUGAAGCGAUGCUAGCUUUUCCUCUCAAUUUACCCUGGACUAGAUUUCACAAGGGCAUCAUGGCAAGAGGAAGAGUUAUGGAGGUGUUAGAAAAGAUAAUCAGAGAAAGGAGAAAUGAAACAAAUAGUCAUAAUAAUAAUUAUCAUGAAGAUUUUCUGCAGCAGCUUCUUGCAGUAGAUAGCGACGGCUCUGCUUCGUCUUCUGAUCAUUCUACUAAGUUGACUGAUGCUGAGAUUAAGGACAAUAUUUUGACCAUGAUCAUUGCAGGACAAGACACGACGGCUAGUGCUUUAACGUGGAUGGUUAAGUACCUCGGUGAAAAUCAGAAGGUUUUGAAUAUUCUGAUUGAAGAACAAACUCAGCUUGCUAAGCAGGCAUCACAUAAACCAUUUCUCGAACUAGAUGAUCUCACUGAAAUGACAUAUGCUUCAAAGAUGGUGAAAGAAUCUCUGAGAAUGGCGUCUGUUGUGCCUUGGUUCCCAAGACUAGUACUUCAAGACUGUGAAAUGGAAGGAUACAAGAUUAAUAAAGGAUGGAAUAUAAACAUUGACGCUAGAUCCAUUCAUCUUGAUCCUAACGUAUAUAGUGAACCUCACAAGUUCAACCCUUCAAGGUUUGACGAGGAAGCAAAAGCAAACAGUUUCUUAGCAUUUGGUAUGGGAGGAAGAACAUGUCUUGGACUUAAUAUGGCCAAAGCCAUGAUGGUAGUUUUUCUCCACCGUUUUAUAACCACUUACAGAUGGGAGGUGGUAGAUGGAGAUCCAAGCAUCGAGAAGUGGACAUUAUUUGCAAGAUUGAAGAGUGGAUAUCCGAUUCGUGUGUCACGUAGACUGUAAAUAUAUAAGUUUCAAAUUAGAUCUUAUAUGUGUAUAUAAAAAGACUCAACGAGUGUUCCUAUAUACGAUGUUUCAUAUCCAAAUGUAAUACUUACAACUUUGCAUUAAUGUCAUAUAUUGUCACUAUA